CGGUGCCUGUGCCAGGCCUGUACUCUCGUACACUGAUCCUCCUGGUUCUGCCCAUAGGUGAUCUUCGGACCCAUGUUCUCUGGAAAGAGCACGGAGCUCAUGCGGCGAGUACGGCGGUUCCAGCUCGCUCAGUACCAGUGCCUGCUGGUGAAGUAUGCCAAGGACACACGCUACUGCACCUCCGGUGUCUCCACGCACGACAGGAACACCAUGGAGGCGCUUCCUGCCUGUCUCCUCAAGGACGUGUACCAGGAGGCGCUGAGCUCAGCAGUCAUCGGCAUUGACGAGGGACAGUUUUUCCCAGACAUCGUGGAGUUCUGUGAGAUGAUGGCCAAUGCUGGGAAGACUGUCAUUGUUGCUGCUCUUGACGGGACCUUCCAGAGAAAGGCUUUUGGAAGUAUCCUGAACCUGGUCCCACUGGCAGAGAGCGUGGUGAAGCUGAAUGCUGUGUGCAUGGAGUGUUACCGAGAAGCCUCCUACACAAAAAGGCUGGGAGCAGAGAGGGAGGUUGAAGUGAUUGGAGGAGCAGAUAAGUAUCAUUCCGUCUGCCGUGCCUGCUACUUCCGGAAGAGGCCUCACCAACCUGGGUCAGAAAACAAGGAGAACGUGCCCAUGGGAGCAAAACAGUUGGAUGCACCUGCCUCCCGAAAGAUCUUUGCUUCUUGACUCUUGGGCUCCAGCAUAGGAACGACAUGAGUGGGGGAUACUAAAAGCUGCAAUUUCCAGACAUCAGCUCUGUCUUCCCCUGCUUUUAGCAAAACUGAAGUGUCUCAGCUCUACCUGCCAAACCAAGCUGCUGCUUCUCUGCACCAAGUGCCAAGAAAGAGGAUGAUCAGCUGGACCGAAUGCUGGGGGGAGCUGAAACAGGAGCCUGACUAAAAGGGAGUCCCUUUCUUAGAACACUGAAAAGAGACAGGUGCAAUUACUGAUGCAGCCACACAGGCAGGUACUGGAAAACUCCGUCGCACCAAGCCUGGCUGCAGGGCAUUAAUAGUUUGCAAUACUUCUAGUUUGUUCUCCUAGACUUCUGCAUGUGUUCAGACUGGCCGCUGACUGGUAGAAGUCCCUGUACUUGCACGUGAACAGGAUUGUUUCUUAAUCUCUUGUGUACUGUUGCUGAAGUCCAGGUUCCUUAAGACAAUGUAGAGUAAUUCAGUACCUGAAACACGCUUCCUUUUUAACAUAGUUUGAGGAGAUAUCUCUUUCCUUUUCAGGGAGCUGUGGCACAACUUUUCAUACAACUGAAAUAUGUAUCAGUGCCCUGGCCCUACUUACAGCAGCCUCUUAACAAUAGUGCAUGGCCUGUCAGCUUGCCAUUACACUCACUUGCUAUAAGUUUUUACUAAAACAGAGUGGGGGAAAGAGAAGGCUCAGCUUGACAACCUGUGUUCUAAACUCUUUUUAGGCUUGAACUUAAAUGCCUCUGCAUCUAGUAGUAGUCUACCUAUGAAGACAGACUCUUGUUGGAAAAGCAAGACCUCACUUCAGGAAGUGACCUCUCCAACAUCACGUUUGCUUAAGUCCAAGCUUGGUGCUGCCACUUCACAACGCUUAGCUAUCUGUGAAGGGCUUGGAGGCUCAGGACUUAACCUGUAUAAGACGAGGCUACUGUUACUGUGAAAAUCCAGCUACUUGGAAAAGGGUCUCUGCUUUGAGUGAACGGUUCUUGAUUAUAGUCAUGUCUCUUGCUCCCUCCUGAGCCUUCAAAGAAUUCUUGGGCCUACUGCUUCCUCUGCUAUAGCUUGGAUGAAGCAUCCUCUUCCCUUUUGCUUCACUUAGCUUCUAAAAGUCAUUUACUCCUUGCAAAAGUGCCUUUCCUAUAGGUCAGAGUCCACAGGCUCCACACAAUAGUUCCUGGUUCUGUUCAGGCUGCUUUGGUCAAAUGUCCACGUUCAAAAAUUGUCUACUACUAUCACUACUAUUUUGUUUACCUAAAUACUCCAGCUAGGAAGAGGCACCUGUCCAGAAGGUUACAAGAGCUGCCUGAAAAAAAUCUGCCUACACCUGCAUUGCUUGAUGUCAUUACAGCUGUGCUAUUCACAAGCACUUCACUGCCAGGCCUAGGCUUUUCCCUUGGGGACUGGGGAAAGGUAGU